AUGCAGCUCCUCUCUGUCUUCAGUUCCCUGGCCCUCGUCUCUGCGGUGCUUUCGUCUCCGGUAGCAGGCUCCAAAGUACUCGCGGCUCGCGCUGAUGAUCGCGGUACCGAAAUUAUUGCCGGACUUGGAGCUCGCAAGCAGGAAGUUGUAAAUGCGGGUGGAAACACCCGUGAUCUGGCCAUUGCAAUGCUGGAGACCACGACCAUGACUACGGACUACACCUACGGUGACGGCAAGACAGGUGACGCUACCAACUUCGGCAUCUUCAAGCAGAAUUGGUUCAUCCUGAGACAUUCUGCAUCUCAAUUCCUGGGCAAGAGCUUGGGCCAGGUCGAUGAGGGUGCCGUUCUCAAUUGGGACCUGGCAAAGGACAUCCAAGCCCGCCAUGAAGGUGAGAACCACUAUGGGUAUGAAGUUUGGUUCAGUGGCCACCGCAACGGAGAAACCGGUAUUAACAACCCUAACACUGAUGACAUCAAUGCGUACAUCAAUGCUAUAGCUUGGAUCCAGCAGCAAAUUGAGAGCGAUAGCAAGUAUCAGAGUGAUGAUACUCGGUUCUGGGUUGAUGUCCAGGCUAUCUAG